GACCCUCGACUCAAAAUGUAUAACUAACCUUAUACUAUUAAUUAAUUAAUCAAUCUGGGAUACAACGGCUACAAUUGUCACCUUUUAGAAAUAGUUUUCCUACCCCUUUCUUCUCGCUCCUCAUGAGCGCAUGGAUAACUGUUGUGCUCAGGCUGUGGUGAAUGAGAUUGAAGAAGAGUUCUUGUUUUGUAUCUCAGUUUCUCUCUUUUUGCACAAAUUGAAUUUAAACAAAUACUACGGAGAUCUCAGACUAAUCAAUGGAGGAUAUUUGAAUAUUCACAUCAAUUGUAUCGGUAUAGAGUAUUGGGUUGUUUGUAAAUAUUUAAUUAAUAUCUGUGGAGAGGACUGCUGCUGUUCAUGUGAGUGAAGGCGGCUGUUUUAAUGUUUCAAUUGGAUGGUAUUCAACCUGGAGACGGUGUGAAGGCUGAACGUUCCCCCGGACUGACUGGCACACUGACUGACUCAAUGAUGGAAUUACAAACAUUACAGGAGGCCUUGAAAGUGGAAAUACAAGUCCAUCAGGAAUGAUGGUGGACGUCUUGAAGCAAGUGGGGACCAUCUACUGGGAUAAAACUGGUCACCCAGAUGAAACAGGACCCACAGAAUGCUGAUCUGAAGAAGCAGCUCCACGAACUUCAGGCUAAGAUCACAGCGCUUAGCGAGAAGCAGAAAAGCGUUGUGGAGCAGCUGAGGAAGGACCUGCUGGUGAAACAGGAGCCAGAGGUGACGGUGCAGGUGCCGGCUGCAGACAAACACGUCCUCCAGAUCCCCUCCUCUGCCACUCUGCUCGCCCUACAGCAGACCACACACACCCAGGCCCUGCAGCAGAAGAUGCUGGCAGUCACCCCAGUCAUCACCACUAAGACUCUACCUCUAGUGCUGAAAGCUGCCACUCCCACCAUGCCUGCCUCUGUCAUGGUGCAGCCCCCCUCCACGGUCACUGCCAUCAGCCACACCUCCAAGCCCGGUGCCAUCAUCUCUGACAACUCCAACUUCCGAAACACACCAGUCAACCUCCAGGUGGCCGGCAAGUUGACCAAUCAGGGUUCAGAGUCCGUGCGUCUGGUGUCAAAGAAUUCAGUUGUGGUCCGGGCGAAGCCCAACAGUGUGCCCAUUGCCCCAGCGCCCCUUCGGCCCAUGAUGACUGCACUCCAGCUGCUCCAGCGGGGCCCGGUGAUGCUGACCAACAAGCUGAGCCCCUCCUCGCUGCCCUCCAGCGCCGGGCUCAUCCACCAGGUGCGCAUCAUCAAUGGCCAGCCCUGCGCCGCCAAGAGCGGCCAGCCCACAGGCAUGUUGACGGGCAUUGUCAUCACGGCCCCGGCAUCGGUGCAGACACUGCAAAUCAGCGGCCUAACCUCCGACACCAAGACUGUUAAAGCACGGGGGGGAUUGGGGCAGAAGAUGUUGGUGAGCAGGACCCCUCCUCUGUCUCCAGCACCGAGACUAAAGAGAGAGGACAAUCCUCAGAAACUUGCCUUCAUGGUGUCCCUCGGACUUGUUACCCAUGACCGUUUGGAAGAAAUUCAGAGGAGGAGGCAGGAGCGUAAGCGAAGAACAACAGCCAAUCCGGUGUACAGUGGAGCUGUGUUUGAGCCUGAGAGGAAGAAGAGUGCAGUGACCUAUCUAAACACUCCGCUCCACCAGGGCACCAGGAAAAGAGGUCGCCCUCCCAAAUACAGCAGCGUUCCGAAGCUGGGCAGCCACACCCCGACCUCCCCCUCCAGCUGUCUCACUGCCUCCUCGGCACCCGAGUGGCCCAACACAGGGGGGAGCUUCCCCUUCCAUGUCCAUCCCCACCACACUCUCCCCCUGCCCAGCCCCAGCUCUGGGGAUGGAGACAUCCAUGAGGAUUUCUGCACUGUGUGCAGACGCAGUGGCCAGUUGCUCAUGUGUGACACAUGCUCACGUGUCUAUCACCUGGACUGCCUGGACCCACCCCUGAAAACCAUUCCUAAAGGCAUGUGGAUCUGUCCCAAAUGUCAAGAGCAGAUAUUGAAAAAAGAAGAUUCAAUUCAAUGGCCAGGAACAUUGGCUAUUGUUCAUUCCUAUAUCGCCUAUAAAGAAGCUAAAGAAGAGGAGAAACAAAAACUAAUGAAGUGGAGUGCUGAGCUGAAACUGGAGCGAGAACAGUUGGAACAAGGGGUCAACCAACUCAGUAACUCCAUAACGGAAUGCAUGGAGACCAAAAACACCAUCAUGUCUCGACAGAAUGAAAUGCAAGUUUCGUUGGAGAAGGUCAAACACUUGGUCCGCCUCAUUCAGGCUUUCCAUUUCAGUCAAACCGUGGAGACCGAGGGUACAGGUGCCUUCACAGAAGACAUCACAGAAGACAUCGGGGCCAAGGAUGCAAUUGUCCCAGCUGAAAAUGCAGUAGACGCCAUCAACACCCAUGCUGUAGCAGAAGUCCAUAUCCAGUCUGUGGAUGGGGUAAAGGCCGAGGUCACAGCACUGAACAGCACCAAUGUUGAAGCCGGGACGAGAGUUGUUGUAGCUCAUGUUGCCACAGACAAGGUAGCAGGAGUCAGUGCUGAGGCUGCUGUUGACAUCUGCGUUGAGCCUGCUGCCGAGGUCUACACUGAGACUGCAGUGGGCAGCAGUGUUGAACCUGUGGCUGAGUUUAAUAACGCUGAGGAAGUGACGGAAGCCACUGCAGUAGUCGGUGCAGUGAACUUUACAGUGGCCACAAACAAUGCUACCACUGACCUUGUGUGUACUGACAUGAGCAUGGAUGAGAGCUGUACUAACAACACUAACACCAUACCUGAGAACAAGGUCACCACCACGAGCAGCACAGAGGAGGUGAUAGAAGAGGAACAGGAGGAGAACACAAACAUUGACCACAGCAGCACCAACAACAGCAAAACCUCAGAACCUUGCCAGCAAUCUUUGCAAGCUCUUCUCGACAGUUUGGACAAUAAAGACUAACACUCCAUCUCUUGGAUUGAAAACCCCCAACAUAAAAAAAGAAGACUUUAACUUUCACUUUUGAAAGGUAACUGAAAUUGCCAAUCUAUAUACAUACUUGAUUCCAAUGUAUAUUCAGACUGUGUAAAUAGUAGAUCUACAGCCCAAGUCUGAGAUUGCUAUUGGAUGCUGUAGGUUAUUAUACCACAAACAUGGGUGAAAGGGUGGCUUGUGUACCAGUGUCAUGCCAAUUUAAGGAUAGAAAAUAACAGUAGUAAUGGUAAAAGUAAGAUAAUUUAUAACAUCACACCAGUGUGUGCCUGCAACAGUUCCCCUCAGAACUCUCAUAGGGGUUGUAUCUUAGGUUAUCUUCUUUCCUGGGGAUGCAGGUUAGAGAUGUCUAAAGACUGCGUGCUGAACAGAGACCAUGUUUCUACGGCAUUAACUGAGAACAAAAUAAAACCAAAAGAUAAGCGAAACAGCUGAGGGACAGGGCUUUGAAAAAGUGUCAGUAUUUGUUAACAGUGGGGAAACAUUGAGGUGUUUGAUCGUCAUUGAAAAUCAAAUAGGUAAAACAGGAGAGCCUUCAGUUAUCCCAAUACCUUCCUCCCCUUUCCCCAUUCUCACUCUUACAUGACCGAUAACUAUGGACCCAUUUACACAAAACCUCAGGCAAAAAAAGAAGAAAGUAAAGCAGCAUCCACGUGCUUUGGAAGUAUGAGGCAAACUGUUUAUAGAGCUGGCUGGUUUAGGGCCUUGCUGAGGAAGACCCAGGUAACAAAGACGGUCAUCUCAAGAUAGAGUGGAGUCAGAUCACGGUAUCAUGGUAUCUUAAUGUUUUAAAAUGGUGUAGAUCCAGUGCAGUAAUUGAGUUAAAUUUGUGAGUCAGUGUCAACUGUGAGCACUAAAUGUGAAAUUGCAAUAAUAUUGCAUUGUCAAAAACAAACACGCAAAAAUAUAUCUGCAGUGUGUUUCUUUUCUAGGAUAAGAUAUUCAUUCAGGUCUUCCUAGUCUUCAAACGUAAGUGCAUUUCUGUUGCAUCAAACAGUUGUUUGUUAAUACAUGUUUUUAACUGGCAUAGUUAUUAUCUUUUAAAAGAGGUGACCUUUGCAUAUUAUGAAAUGUACGUUUUUGUUUAAUUCUGAACUGCCAAAAUGCUGUUGUAUCCAAAUAUAGCAGGGACACGUCCACUAACUGUAUGGAAAGAUCAAGAACGAAAUGUAUUAUUCAAUACCAUCUUGGGAAUUGGCAGUCCCUGGUAAAUAAGUGCUUAUUCAACAAUCUCAUCAAAAUAUCUUUAUUUUCUGGAAACUGGAGGGUUUGUUGUCUCAGUCCAUUUUGGUGAUUAAAGCACAAGCUUGCUGUAUAACAAAUACAGUGCCUUGCGAAAGUAUUCGGCCCCCUUGAACUUUGCGACCUUUUGCCACAUUUCAGGCUUCAAACAU